UAAUAAUUGAUAAUCAUGUCACUACCGUCGUCAUCACCAUUAUUAUUAAUAAGACGGCAAAUUUUUAAUUUCUGCAAUCAGCUUCUAAGAAGAAAGCAGCCAAUAAUAAAAGAACAAUUAAGAUAUUUGAAUCUUCAUGAAAAUAUUGCAUACAGUCUCCUAAAACAAGCUGGAAUUCCAACGCCACCAUUUGGAGUGGCUAGAUCACCUGAUGAAGCUGCUAAAAUAGCUGCUGAUUUAAAAUCUGAUGAUUUGGUAGUAAAAGCGCAAGUACUUACUGGUGGUAGAGGGAAAGGUCGUUUUCAAAAUACUACUAUCGGUGGUGUUGUUAUGUGUGAAUCUGUAGAACAAGUAAAACAGGUAUCAGAAAAAAUGAUUGGAAAUUUAUUGAUUACUAAACAAACGGGAGUUGCUGGAAGAAUUUGUAAUUCAGUUAUGGUGACGACACGCAUGUUUUCACGAAAAGAAUAUUAUCUUUCGAUGAUGUUAGAGCGUACUUUUGAUGGAGCUGUUGUGAUAGCAUCUAGUCGAGGUGGAGUAAAUAUUGAAGAAGUUGCUGCCGCUGAUCCAGAAGCUGUUCUUUAUAUACCAAUUAAUAUGAAUAAAGGCAUAACGAAUGAUCUGAUAGAAUGUAUUGUUCAGAAAUUAGGUCUUAAAGGACAAGGCAAAGAUGUGGUGUCGAAUAUUGUUUGUAAUCUUUAUGAAUUAUUUGUAGAAACAGAUGCUCUGUUAAUUGAAAUUAAUCCGCUUACAGAAGAUAUUUGUGGUCAAUAUUAUGCUUUAGAUUGUAAAUGUAAUUUUGAUGAUAGUUCACAAUUUAGACAGAAAAAAUUAUUUGACUUGGAAGAUCAAUCUCAAAAAAAUGCUAAUGAAAUACGUGCACAAAAAUUUCACUUAAAUUAUAUUCAAUUAGAUGGGACUAUCGGUUGUAUGGUAAAUGGUGCGGGUUUAGCAAUGGCAACAAUGGAUCUUAUAUCUUAUCAUGGUGGUAGUCCCGCUAAUUUCCUAGAUGUUGGUGGCUCCGCUUCGAAAGAGGCUAUUACAGAAGCAUUUAGAAUAAUAACUGCGGAUCCAAAAGUUCUGGCCAUUUUUGUUAAUAUAUUUGGUGGCAUUGUGAAAUGUGAUAUUAUUGCGGAAGGAAUCAUUGCAGCUAUUAAAGAAUUGCAAACAAAAGUUCCAAUAAUUGUCAGGUUAGAGAUCAUUAUACAUACAUAUAGAUUUACGUCACCGUUGAGAAGGAAAACGUCAAGAAAGGCGGGGACACGAUGGCGAAGCCAGCAUUUGGUGGCAGUCUAUUGCCAACACUUAACCAAGAUGGCUACAAUGUUGUCUCGGACGAUCUCACUCGCGGAGUGUCUUACCCGUUUAAACGGUUCCAAGAUCUUAGCCUGCAAAAGUAACUUAAAGCAAACAGUAAGAAAUCUAAAUGUACAUGAACAUAUUAGUUAUAGUUUACUUAAUGAAGCUGGUGUACCCACUCCUAAAUUUGGCGUUGCAAAAACGCCAGAUGAAGCAGCUAAACUUGCCGCCGACUUGAAAACGAAGGAUAUUGUAUUAAAAGCUCAAGUACUUGCAGGAGGUAGAGGAAAAGGUCAUUUUAAAGAUUCCAGUAUUAGUGGUGUAAAGAUGUGCGAAACACCAGAAGAAGCAAAAGCACUGGCGAGUCAAAUGUUAGGUAAAUUACUAAUUACAAAACAAACUGGUGAAGCAGGUAGAAUUUGUAAUGCGGUCAUGGUAACACAACGCAUGUUUCCACGUAAAGAAUAUUACUUAGCAGUAAUGAUGGAACGUGCCUUCGGUGGCCCAGUAAUAAUUGCAUCAAGCCAAGGUGGAGUAAAUAUUGAGGAAGUAGCUGCGACAAAUCCUGGUGCUAUAAUGUAUGAACCUGUCGAUGUUAACAAGGGUAUAACUAAAGAACAGGCAGAACGUAUUGUCAAAAAACUUGGUCUUGAUAAUGUAAAAGAUUAUAUUUCCAAAAUUAUCAUGAAUCUUUAUGAAAUGUUCCUUAAGAAGGAUGCACUUCUUUUAGAAGUAAAUCCUCUAGCUGAAGAUAUUAAUGGAAAUUAUUUUGCAUUAGAUUGCAAAUGCAGAUUCGAUGAUAAUGCUGAGUUUAGACAAAAAUCAUUGUUUGGAUUGAGAGAUUGGACUCAGGAAGAUACUAAAGAAGUAGAAGCAGCUAAAUAUGACCUGAAUUAUAUUGCGCUUGAUGGAAAUAUUGGUUGUAUGGUUAAUGGAGCUGGUUUAGCUAUGGCUACUAUGGAUAUUAUUAAAUUACAUGGAGGUGAACCGGCCAAUUUUCUUGACGUUGGUGGUGGCGCAACUACCAGUGCCGUAAAAGAGGCAUUUAAAAUCAUCACUUCUGAUCCUAAAGUACAUGCUCUUUUAGUUAAUAUCUUUGGUGGUAUUAUGAGAUGCGAUGUUAUCGCAGAGGGUAUCAUAGCUGCAACCAAGGAACUUAGUCUUAAAAUUCCUGUAGUUGUGCGAUUACAGGGAACUAACGUUGAUGAGGCUAAAGCUUUGAUUGCAAAUGCUGGAUUAAAAAUCGUUCCAAUCGAUGACCUCGAUGAAGCUGCUCGUGUCGCAGUAAAAUUAUCAACUAUUGUUAAACUAGCACAGUCCGAAAAUCUUAGUGUCAAUUUUGAGAUACCUGCUAUUUCAUAAUUUUAGUAAUGAAUAUAAAAUUUAUAUAUCAGCUAAAUUAAUACUGAUAUUUGUUUAAAUAUUGUCAAAUGGUUGCAAAAAACGUUUGAAAGUAAUAUCUGUAGUAAUAACUUCUCUUAUAACUUCUCUUAUAACUUUGAUUAUAUUAUUAUUAUUAUUUAAGAAAUGAAAUUUUAAGGAAAUUACAUUAAAUCAAUUUAAUAAGAGUAAUUAAUUUGAUAUAAACAAAAUCAUUUUGGGGCAAUUCUUUAAAAAAGAAAAGAAAACUGAUUAUUUUCGAUAAAGUUUUAGUUAAAUGACGUGUUCUAUUUCAAUAGACUGGGCGAAUCUUUAUCUUUUCUUUUUAAAGACAGGCACAAAUUCUCUAAUAGAUUAACAUAUGAAGCUAAGUAUGAAUAUAAUUUAUUGUUUACCCUUUGACAGGGUUCUGUGAUUCAGUAUUAAAAGUUAAGUUAUGCGUCACACAUACACGUAGAUAUAUGAACUCACACGUGUGGUAUGUAUCCGAUUUGUUCUAUAAAAAAACGUAGCACAUGCUUAUUUAAUUGAGCGAAUAUAACAUUGAAAAAAUACUAUUUAAAACAUAUUAUUAAAAAAAAAAAAUAUAUAUAUAUAUAUAUAUAUGUAUAUAUAUACACGCAUAGCAUGUGCGUUGCAUAUAUUACACAUACGCACGUGCAAAACAUCCAUUGUACAAAUUUCUUUAUUAUUUUAUGUUAUGCUUUAUUUCAUUUAAUGGUCUAUUCAAUUGUUCUUACUAUUAAUUUCUUAUACCUUAAUUUAAUAGAAUAUAUUAAAUUUAUUUUUUUACAGCUGUUAUUAUAAAUGUUUUCAAAAUAGUACAAUUUGUCCAUUCUUCAAAGAAA